AUGAAGGUUGUAGGAAAGGGUGGUGUGAUGACGGGCACUCGUCGCAGUUUAGCCACAGAUGCAAAGUAUUCGCCACCAAAGCGACCAGCCCAGUCUACAACUCCUCCAAGGUCGAUGAAGAAGCGAAAAAGGCCGGCUGAAGCAGAAGUGGUUGCAGACAUUCCGGCCGAUGGACAACAAGCAUCAGCGCCUGAGCCGGCACUUUCAUCUCGACCAAAGAGAACAAUCAGAAAAAGCGUUCUGCUUACAGAUUAUGAGGUUAUGUUACCAAGUGCUGUGAAAGAAGAACCUGAAGAUGAAGAAGAAGUCGCUGAACAUCCACAGAACCAGGUUGUUCAAGAAGUGGAAGAACAGUUCGUUGACAUCGAAUCAGCUCCAGAAGAUGAAGAAUUGAAUGCAAGGGUAAAGGCUGAAGAACAUACGCCAAUCAUACAGCGGAAGCCGCAGCCGCGUCGAACAGGGAUCACACCACCGUCUGUUCCGCCUCCUCCUUAUAUUGAGCCAGAGGAACCCAUCGAAGGAGAGGUUGACAUAGAAGGCAUAGAACUUAUGGGUCAUGAAGGAGAUGGAAUGGUGACGUUGGCUGACGCUAUUGAUGUUGCUUUGGAGGAAGAAGUGUCUGGCGGGGAAGAGGACGAUCAGCCACCUAUGCUGGAGAAGAGCGCUGAGAGAAAGCGUCCACGUGGCAGGCCACGUAAGCAUAUGGCUGGCACUGCGAUUAUCCAACGUGGACGUACGGGACGACUUGUGCCGCUGCCCAGGUCACGUUACGUAGCUGACAAAGCCAUUAGCAAAGGAGAAGCCGACAAAAUCAACAAUUACAACAUCAAAUUGUUCGAAAAUGAAGUGGGAGUGACAGAGUUUGGUGAUCGCUACGCUACUGUGAUCCCUGGUUGCCUCAGCUAUUUGCUACGAAAAGAGCGCAUAGUGGAGUUGUUGACAGAACCGGCUGAUAUCGAUGCUAUUCGUGAUCAAGGAUGGAUGUCUACAAAACCUCCGAGGUUACCUCCUCUAGUAUCAACAAAGGCAUGCUUUGCAUUCUACGUGGAGGGAUCGACAGUAAGCUCCGUAAGAGAGUUAUCGAGCGAUGAGUUGAAGCCAUGGACUACAACAGAUCCUGUAGAGGGUGAACCGACGAUAAAGCCAAAUGUUCGAAAACAUGCCGUCACCAGAGAGGAUGGUCGUUUAAUUCCAUGCAAAGGAGAUGGCCGAAGCUCAGAAUUCCAUCUCACUGAGUAUAGUGCAUGGCUUCCGAGGUUGCUUAGGCUUAGGAAGAAAAUAUUUUAUGUGGCCCGGCAAACUGGGCAAAUUGUUGGAAAUGUGCUGAUUUUGUACGACUUCACUAUGCCCGGAGAAAUACCGUCGAUUAUGAAUAUUGCACAUGGCAAUGAUGCACUGAGGGACAUGCAGCAGAUGGAUUUGUCCAUGGAGCUGCCUGUAGCAGAUGCGGAUAAUCCGUUCGUCGAAGGAGUCGUGCCUGGUGUCCGUGGAGAAAAAUUCUUAAAAGUGCAUCCAUCAAAAGUUGGUUGGGUCAACAACAAAACACUUCUUUUGAAGUACUUAAUAAACGAUCCUACAUUCUUGGAUGAAGCUGGUUAUCUUAACACCCAUGUACCGUUUCUUCCACCAAUGAUUGAGGGUCGAGGGGUUUUUGUGCAUUUUGCGCCCGCUACUCUCGUGUCUGACCAUAUUCACCACACAGGUGAUGGCUUAUCACCAUGGACCUUCCAAGGAGCAUCUAUGCACAAUCGUGUUCGAACAGUAAAGCGAGCGUUGAUGCAAGAUUCGGAAGGUAUAUUUCGCUUAACAAAACAAGACUGGCAACAGACCGGGCUAGCACUGGUGGAGACGAUCACAGUGUUGGCCAGGUGCCCGCGGCUGAGGAAAAGAGUAGUCUUCAUCCAACGGAACAACCGCAUGGUUCUCGGAAUUGUGUGCUUCAUGUAUGAGUACAUCAGAGAGGGUCCAUUGCCAGAAGUGCUUCGCGACAAUUCCAUCACAGUCCCAGGACCGCCAAUUUCUGCUCGACCAGCAGUUCUACUGUCACAUGAAAAGCCUCCUCCGGCAGAUUCUCAUGGCAAUAACAGUGUCGUUGAGGAUUUUGUAGAUGUGGAGGAAAUCGUUGAAGGUGCUGAUGAGAAUGAUAUGUCCAUGAACGGAGCUCAGAGUGAGUUCGAAGAGAUGCACGAAGACUGCCUGGAUGGUGGUUGGGAUGGUGAUUUUGAUGAAGAUCUUCUUGCUUCACAGGAGAAUUCGGAUCCGUUCAUUGAUGGAGUCCGUGAGUUAGAAAGUGGGCAUGUGUACCUAACUGUGAGGCAUAAGAGGCUAGCAGGCAAUUUGGACACAAUUCUACAAUACAUAGCUAAUACUAACUUCGUCGAGAACCAUGACAUUUUGAACAGUUCGAAGCCUCAACACCCUCCACUUGUGCGGAAUGCUCGAGCGUAUGCUUUUUUCGUAGCAGGCAAUAUAGUUUAUCCUCACGAUAUCAAUAGGGACGAUUUCUCGCCAUGGUCAGGAAAUGGGACACCCGAAAACCCUACUUGCUACCGUACUAAGGUUCGCAAGUUUCCUGUGGUAACAGAUGAAGUUACUGGGCUGUUUCGAAUAGGGCAAGGAGAUUAUCGUAACAGUCCCUACCAUUUGGUCCAUUUAUACAGUAUACAUCCCAAGGAGACUCGUCUCAGGAAGAAGAUUGCCUAUCUUAUGGAAACUGAAACACGCACUAUUAUCAGUCAUGUGAUGAUCAUGUAUGAUUACCACACAGAAGGACCGGUCCCACGAAUUCGAGGUCCAUAUUCGAAGCGUUUCAUGCGUCAGAAACCACGCCGACCACCGAUUGAUAUGUCCGACUCACUUGACGACGUCUCUGAUAUAUCAGAAUCAGAAAAGGAGAGUCCAUUUGGUUUGGGUCCGCAGCAAGCUGAGGAUGGUUCUAUAUUUUUGGAUCUUACUGAUAUGGAGUUUCUGAAUGAUCGGAAUCGUCAGUUACACUACCUCAUCAAUAAGCCUCGCCUGUUAGAAAAUCUGGCCUGUUUGAACACUCGAGUCCCAAUGUUUCCUCCAAUGACGACUCAGAGAGGCACAUUUGUUUUCUUUAUUGAUGGUGGAGAGGUUGACAUCCGAAACCUCACGUGCGAUGCAUUAUCACCAUGGUCGGAAAGUUUACACAUGAGUGACGGGUCGAUUAUGUGUCGGCGACCAAAAACCAGUAAGAUUUCUUUGGGGCUGAAUCGGGAGGGACAUUUACGAGUUAUGAAAAUGUCACGGUCUCAAGGGACCGAUUAUCUGAUGCACAUUUAUGCAGCCACAUUGCCGAGGUUACCACGUCUCAAGAAAAGGGUAAUAUAUUUAACAAAAGGAGGCAUGCAGAUCGGUCAUUCUAUGAUUGUAUAUUGGUAUACUGAAGAUGGAGCACUACCGACACAGGUUCCGCACGGAAACAGCAUCACUUCUGAAGCUUUGUACACUCGACUUCCGCCUUCUGUACGUGAUGAGGCACGUCGCCUUUUGGCUACGCAUCAACCAUCUGAAGUUGCGGAAAUGCUUUCGAAUAAGAUGAACUAUGCGAUUACACCCAGAGCGUUGUAUAACAUCCGGCGAGAAUCGCGGCGCGACCCAAGAUAUGUAGAUGUGAAGCUGGAAGGGCCUGGAAUGGACGACUUAGAUUACAUCCCUGAUUGGAUUCAUGCCGAUAUUGUUAAUGCGAAGAAGCAAGGAGAGUUGGCCACACAAGGAGAAGGAAUAGUAGAUGGAGGAACGAUCGACGUUUCACAUACGGAGGAGGUGGAACAAGGUGUUGGAUCUCCAAGAAAGUUGCAGCCGACAAGGCCUUUCCCUCCACUACCUGGUGGACAUUCGCUUCGAGAAGAUGCCGUUUGGAGAUACGCUAGGGAAGCUUUUGGUGCCAGCAACAAUGAUGCAGUUUUUGACGCUCUCUGGAGAAUGCUGCUGGAAAAAAACGAAACAAGAUUAUUACAGAAUAUCAAAUCUGACUUUGGCAUUGAAAUUAUCGCUGAUCAUCAUCCGCUGAUGGUUGAAGGAGAACCAAUGGAAGCCAUGGUUGUGACGGAAGAAGGUCUUGUGCCGGCAGAAAUCGUCGACGAAGGCCUGAUUCCUGAAGGAGCAACUAUAGAAAAUGUGGAAAUUGUGGAGGAAAGUGUGGUGAUGGAAGAGGUGCCGCCGCAUUCAUCAGAAACUAUUGAUGAAGAACAUAUAGAGACACAGGAUGGUGUGGAAAAGCAUGCUCCGGAUGACAUUCAUGUCGUAGAAGAAGUCGAAAUUCAGUCGGUGGAGACAGUGGACACACAUCGCAUCUAUUACUUCCUGCCUAUUGCGUAUUGGCACGAGUUCCACCAAAAAACAAUUCAGCUGAAGGCCGAUGCAUCCACAUGUUUCGUCGAAUUCAGUCAGCAUUCGUUUCGCUUGACUGAGGUGUUAUCAGAACGAUGUCAUCGGCAAAGCGCAAAUGGUCAGAUUGUAUCACCCUGUCGGACCCUCUUCUUGGAUCUUGGUUCCCUGCGGCUCGUGCUGCUUCACGCCGGCGUAUCAGCUCAAGAGUUUCAAGAGGCGUCUCUUGGUGGUUUUGAAACUCUCAGCAUUCUUCGUGCAGUCGUGAAGGUGUUCAGCGAGCCGGUUAUAUUCCUCAUCGAUGUUGUCAUUGCGGAACCUUCCCAAAAGCCGGCUAGCGUAGCGAAGAGAUCCUAG